AGAGAGAGAGAGAGAGAGAGAGAGAGAGAGAGAGAGAGAGAGAUUCUUCAAUCUUGCUCUUCCAGGAAGGGAUUAACCAGCGCGCUGCCGACAUGUGAAGGAAGGAAAACACUGACAAAAGACAGACAAAAGAAGUUUUCCCCUCCUCUCGCUCUCUCUCCCACACACACGCACACAUACACACGCACACACACAUACACACAACACACACCGACAGCCGUGUUAUGGAUCCAGCGGCCAUCGAAUAACACCAACUUCUUGUGCCCGGGAUCGGCCGCCCGGCUGCGGCUCCAGCUCGCCACAACAAGCCCCCAGCAGCCCUCCUCCAGAAAGAAGAAGAGGAUCACAACCAAAAUACGAGCAAAGUGGAAGGAGGAGAGGGAGAAGUUGACGGGAGAUAAUGUCGGAAUCCUCCUCCAUUUCGACCAAGCAGGAGAGGAGCUCUUUCAGUCCUUCCGCGAGCCCCCUGCCAAACUCCACUUCCUCCCCCGUCCAUGCUCCCGCCGCGAGGCCAGCCAGCCGAAUGGAGGACGAGCCUGCCAGGCUGCCUGCGCACCUGCGUCUUCAGCCGGUGUUUUGGAGCAGGGAGGACGUGGCCCAGUGGCUGCGCUGGGCCGAGAGGGAGUUCGCUCUGCGUCCCAUCACCAGCGGCUCCUUCCAGAUGAACGGCAAAGCCCUGCUGCUGCUCACCAAGGAGGACUUCCGCUACCGCUCCCCCCACUCCGGGGACGUCCUGUACGAGCUCCUGCAGCACAUCCUGAAGCAGAGGAAGCCGCACGCCUCCUACCCGGCGGCCUACUUCCCCGGAAACUCCUUCCACUCGCUGCCGGAAAGCGCUCUGCAGCACCUGAAGCUCGAAGAAACGGUACGGCGGGCCCCACGUGGUACAGAGUCCAUCCCCCAGCAUCCUCCAACCAUCGAACUGCGACACCGCUCUCGUUCCCCGCACCACCCGGCGCCCCGACGGUCUCCUCCAGAACCAAACCACCCCCGCCCCGCCAACGAGGACCCGCUGCAGGCCUCGUCCCAACUGCCCGACAGCAACCACCACCUGCCUGAGGACAUGUACCCUCUGUCGGUGUCUCCGGCCGCCCCGAACGGCCGCUGCACCACGCCCCGGGAAGCCCCCUGCCCGGGCAGCCCUGGAGGCCAGGAGGCCGUCCCUCCUCGCGUCAUCCAGCUCAUGCCCAGUGCCAUCAUGCACCCGCUGCUCCUGAGCCCGAGCCGAAGCGGCGGGGGAGCCGGCGGGGACUUCAGGCACAGCCGUGGCGGGCAGCCUUCACAGCCGCCGAUUGAGAACGGGCGCGAGGGGAAAGCCCACCACCACCAUCAGCUGGCUCUGGCCCAGCAGCAGCAGCAGCAGCAGCAUCUGCUCCAGCAGGAGGAGGCGCUGUACAGGAACCACGUCAUCAUGCCCGUCUCUCCUCCAGAGGAGCAGACGAUGCCCAUCGGACGGAUAGCAGACUGCAGGUUGCUGUGGGACUACGUCUACCAGCUCCUGUCAGACAGCCGGUACGAGAACUACAUCCGCUGGGAGGAUCCAGAAAACAAAGUCUUCCGCAUCAUGGACCCCAACGGCCUGGCCAGGCUCUGGGGCAACCACAAGAACAGGACCAAUAUGACGUACGAGAAAAUGUCGCGAGCACUGAGACACUACUACAAACUGAACAUCAUCAGGAAAGAGCCGGGACAGAGGCUCCUGUUCAGGUUCAUGAAAACUCCCGACGAGAUAAUGAACGGACAGACGGACAGGCUGGAGCACCUGGAGUCCGACACAGACGAACAAAUCUACAUCAAGGAGGAGUGCUGAGGAACUCUGGGAAAACGAGUCCGCCCGCGACGAACUCCUACAGCCGCCGAUGCCUUUCAGAAGCAGCUUGAACAAUCAAUCGCUCUGAGCCGGGAGCGCGCGGUCGCUCGCCGUCCGCUCGCUUCAGUCCAAACCAGAAAGACACACCUGAGCUCUCCUGAUUGCCUUUAAGACUCUGCCAAGACAUUAUUUUCCUGACAAAAACAAACAAAAAAAACCCUGCAGUGAUCGUUUUUAUUUCCUGACGGACGGAGCUGAAAGAUAGAAACCCUGUCGAGGCGUUGGUAACGCGUUCCUUUCCUGUCUUCUUUCUCAGAUGAACUGCAGAAGCCAAUCACUUUGUGCUUAUGUCACUUUUUUGAUGAUUUUCCCCCCCCCACAUGCAUUAUAUUAUGGAAUUCCGCUGUUUGUGAAAAUCCUAGACGGGGGUGUGUGGCAGGAAUGUUUUCACCGUGGAAUAAAUCUUUUUGAUCAACUUGUA